UCAACCUCUAGUGUUGUUUCAAAGUGGAACGGUUGUUCAUUUUGAGCAAAGAAGCUCUAAUGCCUUGCUGCACUCUUAGCUUGUAGGUUCCUUUCAUACCUUACGGCCAAUUAUAGUCUUAGUGUGCUGAAAGAACCCCCUUUAGACCUUCAUCGUAUUUUGGUCGAGGAUGCUAUGGGGGUAGCAACUUCACGCAUGAUUCCUUUGUAGUUUUGUUUACUUGUCCUUUAUUUUUCGUUGCUUUAUUUUCUUGUACUUUGGCUCCGCCUCAUUACUCAUUAGCAUCGAAAUAAAAUAAAAUAAAAGUAAAGAAGGAAAUUUUCAUAUUCCCUGGUAAAUCCCCUCGUUUAGGUUUACGGUUCAAUCGUUUGUCUCUCCUCGAAAAACUCCACUCACUCGUAUAGUCAUAUCCGUCUGACUGCCGCUGCCGCCUGAAGUUUGAAUCACAGGUUGGUGGCCCCUCCUGCCCGAGCGCCUGUUGAUAAAAAAAUCAUGUCGCAGUUGGAUGAGAAGGUUCCGAUCUCAGGAAAGCGGAACAUGAUAGUGACGAGUGCACUUCCAUACGUGAAUAAUGUUCCACAUCUGGGCAACAUCGUAGGAUCGGUUCUGAGUGCCGAUAUAUUUGCUCGGUUUUGCCGUCUUCGAGGAUAUAAUGUCCUGUUUGUUUGCGGCACUGACGAGUAUGGUACCACAACGGAGGUCCGUGCUGCUAUGGACAAUCUCACUCCCCGAGAGAUAUGUGACAAGUAUCAUCCUUUGCACAAGGACAUAUAUGACUGGUUUGACAUCCAAUUUGAUCAAUUUGGCCGAACUUCCACCCCUGAACAUACCGUGGUUUGUCACCAAGUGCUCAAUUCUCUCAACACCAACAAUUGCUUGCAAGAAAACAUUCUCGAACAGUUGUAUUGUGAACAAUGCUCCAAGUUCUUAGCAGACAGUCUUGUUGAAGGUCAGUGCCCUCGCUGCCUUAAGUCUUGUAAAGGUGAUCAAUGCGAGAGCUGUGGGGCGUUUGUGAAUGCUCGAGAGUUACUUAACCCUGUUUGCAAGAUCUGUCGGAGUUCGAGCCUGUCUCUUCGCACCUCAGAGCAUCUGUUUCUGCAGCUGGCUUCUCUGAAGCAGGACUUGCAUGCCCUGUCUGAUAGGGUCACCUUUUCAAAUCAACAAGCAGUUACCGAUACACAGAAGCUUCUCCAUAAAGAACUCCAGCCUAAGUGCAUCACUCGUGACCUUGAAUGGGGAGUUCCUGUUCCGUUUCCUGCUGAAAAAUUCAGAAAAAAGGUGAUGUAUGUUUGGUUUGAUGCCCCCCUUGGUUAUAUCUCUAUUACGAAGUGUCACACAUCCAAGUGGGAGCUGUGGUGGAAGAAUCCCCAGAAUGUCGAGCUUCACUGUUUCAUGGGGAAAGACAAUGUCCCUUUUCACUCGGUCUAUUUUCCUUCAUAUCUGAUUGGAACAGGGGAAAAAUGGACCCUUCCUCAUUCGAUACAUGCUACUCAUUUUCUGUUAUAUGGUGCAGGAAAAUUCUCUAAGAGCAAUGGUAUUGGUGUUUUUGGUGAUGAUGCGAAAAAAACAAAUAUACCUGUAGAAGUAUGGAGAUACUAUUUGACAAGUGUUAGACCUGAAACGUCUGAUUCAAGAUUUUCUUGGGAGGACUUGCAAGCUAAACUGAACAGUGAGCUUGCUGAUAAUUUGGGUAAUUUCAUGAAUCGUGUGCUGACCUUUGUUGCUAAGCCCUCUGGCAAAGGAUAUAACUCUGUUAUUCCUGAUGUAUCUGAUGUUGUGCCGAGUGAGAUGGAUGCUGAGUUCAUUGAGUACCUUUUACGCUACGUGCAGGAAUAUGUCAAGGCUUUGGAGAAGGGUAAGUUAAAGGAUGGUCUAAAGGCUGCAAUGGCUAUUGCUAAUGAGGGAAAUAGACUGUUUCAGAGAACUGAAGUUUGGAAGCUUUAUGUUGAAGAUAGAUCAAGGUGUUCAUUUAUUGUCAAAACUUUAGUCGGAGUUGUUUGCAUUCUUGCAUGCCUGCUUCAACCAUUUAUGCCAUCAUUUAGCACAGAGGUGUUGAAGCAGCUUCGCCUUGAAGCUCAUGAACUUACGCUUCACGAUGAUGAUAUUGAGAGGGUUCAAAGGCCUUGGGAACUUGUCCCUGCCGGUCAUAAGAUAGGAAAGCCACGUCCUUUGUUCAGGAAGUUGAGUCAGAACGAUGUCAACAAACUGGAGAGAGAGUUUAGUGGAAUCCAGAACGGUGGAAUCCAAAAUGACAGGUUUGAGAAUGUGAAGCUACUAAACAAAAGCAAGUUCGAGGGUGUAUCGAAGGUCGGAAAAGAUGACGGAAAUUGAAAAAAAAUAAAUGAAAAAAAAGCAAAGGAAAAAUGUCGGAAAGAGGACUUCCACUGCCGGCGCUGGCGCAGGGAGGAGUACGACAAGCGAGGUUGGUCGGCAACGACUGACUUCUCUUGUCUAGGUUUUAACCCCUCUCUCUCUUCCACACAACUUUGGGUUUGAAACUUGAGGGGAAUGGAGUUAGAAACUUAGGAGAGGAUGGGAGAUUGGGAUUCUAGGGGGAUGGGGUGGAGAUAGAUACCCUUGGGUAUGAACCUCUACCCUAAAUAUGCCCAACCAAACAAUGAAAUGGAUGUCAUUCCAUUCCAUUAAAAAUACCCCAACCAAACACCCCCUUAGAAAUUUCAAGAUAGCCCCUCCGGAUCUCAUUAUCAAUAGAGCUAGGGACUGUUAUAGAGAGUUUAACCUUGCGCAGCCCAGUAGCAACUGUCCUAGUAGUUCUUCGAACCACAACCAACCCUGAGACUUUUCCGACCAGUGUUAUGUCCUCGUGCAUGUGGAUGCUUCCUUUGCAAAUCCAAGUAUUCCAAUGGGCCUAGGGGGAGUAGUAAGAGACAAUCGGGGAAGGUGGGUUAUAGGUUUCAGUGAUUUUUGUUAUGCUAGUGACGUUUGGAGGCAGAAUUGAAGGAUAUUCUAAGGGCCCUGCAAGUUGCAGGCAACCAUGGAUUGUGUCAAGUGAAACUUGUUACUGAUUGCAAAUUAGCAGUGGACAUGUUACACCAAAAAGAUUGCUUAGCUAACAAAUACAGACUCAUUGUCAACACUUGCAGGGAAGCGGCAGAGAAGCUGGAGAACCUUGAGAUUGUGCACUGUGGCAGAAACUCCAACAAAAUUGCAGAUGGCAUGGCCAAAAGGAGUAGGAAGGAGGAAGUCUCUGAAUGUAACUAGAAUCUAUUCCCAUCCCCUUAUUUAUUGUUUGGACUUCUAUAAGGAAGAUUGUAAUCAACUCUUUAUGUUUAAUUCGUAAUGAACGGCACUAUUUUCACCGGAAAAAAAGAUAGGUUGAAAGUUCAUGAUGUAGUACAUAUGUAGGUAGAAGGAUCAUGAGGGGUGAUAACUUUGACUUUAUAUGCGGGGUCAAUUUGCUUCUACCUUUUUAAUGUCAUACUUAUGUAUAAUGUCUAAGUGCAGCUAUUUGUAAAUAGCUGCUCAAUAUAUGACUUUCUCGUUA